AUGAGGUCCACCGCUUCACUGAGGGCGGCCUGCGCUCUUUCAUACUACAUACUGGUCACCUAUAUUGCUGUAGCUUGUGCAUACUGUAUCCUAAGCUACCUUCCUCUCUCGGUCACACGUCGGUUCUUGGAUACGAAACUCCCGGACCUUGAAAAGGCAGAUGUUUGGGGCGAAGAUCUCAUAUUUUGGGAGCCUUCCUCAUUUCUUUCUAGCGCUUUCGUAUCCCAUACUCGGCACGCAACACCCGAGUCUUUGUUCUUGUCCAAGGCGUUCAGCCACUCGAUGCGUCCAAACAGGGUCAUUCCGUUCUACUUCAAAGCGAGCGGUCCUAGCAUGGAUGGGACUCUUGCCAAAGAGGACAUUACACUUCUCACAAUCGUCACCAGCAACAGGUUUUCCGUCCUUGGCAGACUAGCCAAACGAUAUCAAGGCCCAAUAUCUGUCGCUCUUCACGUCACAGAGUCACCACGAGCUCAUCGCGACCGUAUUCUCGACGAACUGCACGAGCUGUACCUUUCCACCCCCGGCAUGUCAAAAUGGGUGGAUGUACAUCUCAUUCUCGACAAUUUUGACCGCCAAUUCAACAUGUGGCGCAAUGCAGCGCGUCUCUUUGCACGUACAAAUUAUGUGAUGAUGCUCGACGUUGACUUUGCUGUCUGUACCGGAUUCAGACAACGACUGUUGGCGAGCAAAGAGAUGAUGGGUAUGCUCAGAGCCGGAGACGCUGCAUUUGUGGUUCCAGCCUUUGAAUACGUCGUAGCUGAGGAUGGUGGAAACGAGGCUAGCUUUCCGCGGACCAAAGAGAGGCUUCGGCGACUACAUGAUGCUGGGAAGAUUCAAGUGUUCCAUCAAGCUUGGGAAGGUGGCCAUAAUAGUUCCGACUAUUCACGCUACUUUCAAGCCGCACCUGGCGAUGUGUACAAGGUGCAUGCGUACCAACAUGCCUACGAGCCGUAUGUCAUCUUCAAGCGCGACAGCGCCCCAUGGUGCGACGAGCGGUUCAUCGGAUACGGUGGAAACAAGGCGAGCUGCCUCUACGAAAUGUACCUCGCUGGCAUUUCCUUCUACGUUCUCUCCGACGACUUUUUGAUACAUCAAAGUCAUUUGUACGCCGAAGAUGUACGCAAGGCAGAGCGAAAAUACAACCGGCAGUUGUAUACCGAAUUUCGAAUGGAGGCGUGUUUCCGCGCGUUGCAUAGAUCCAUCGUAACGAAAGAGUUGACGACGCAAAAAGGGUUGAAUGUGCAAGCCGAAUGUCAGAAGUAG